CUGGCGGCAGUCGUAUGGGGAGGAUACGUCGCGUCUCCUCCAGCGAGUUCUAGUGCCGUGCCUCCCUUUCUUCCCUCUGCACAAACUACUUUAAUUUCAACAGUCAAAUCGCAACUCCGGAAAACAAGUGCCGCGUUAGAAAUAUGUAAGCGGAAACACAGAUAUGCGAAAACUUCUGACUGAAACUAAAUUUUGUGAAGUGUGUGUGACAUGAGAAUGAAAAAUUACAAUGGUUAUGGAUGUGAAGCGAUGAAGAAAGAAAGCUGAUAUGAAUUAGAUGAAGUUUGACGUAUUAAGUCUAUAUAUUUUAAGUGUUCACCUCCAAAAAUACAAUUAAUCUUCAGGACCUUCGUGUUAACCAGUGAAUUUCGACUUACAUCCGACACAACAACGCAGAUAAUUCUCGUACUAAAACAACUAAAAAUGAGAUAACAAAAUAAACUCUCCUUCUCAUCGUUUAUGGAGAAUGUAACCUCAUCAACCUUCCUGCAACAAAGAAAAAAAAGAGGGUUGCCCGGAGCAUCCCUUACACUUUCGCUGUACUGUAACGUGGCGUAACCUGGGAAGCCUCAAGAGUUAGCUGGAAGCAUGGAGGGUCUCUUUUCUGGGCCCCGCACGCUAAUGUGGUCCGCUCUACUGCUCGCUGUAGCUGCACAACUAUUUUUCCUACUGCUACCUGGAGCCACAGCGCUGCCGCCAGUUAUCAGAAUCGGUGCUAUGUUCACGGCGGACCAGCGCGAGGGGCCCACGGAGUUAGCCUUCAAGUACGCUGUGUAUCGGAUAAACAAAGAUGCCACACUGCUACCCAACACAACGCUCGUGUACGACAUCCAGUACGUGCCUCGCGACGACUCCUUCCACGCCUCCAAGAAAGCUUGCGAGCAGAUCUACUUCGGAGUGCAGGCGGUAUUCGGCCCGUCAGACCCAUUACUUGGCUCACACAUUCAGUCUAUCUGCGACGCACUCGACAUUCCACACCUGGAGGCUCGCUUGGAUCUGGAACCUGAGUACAAGGAGUUCUCGAUCAACCUUUACCCGAGCCACGAGGUGCUCAACCGCGCCUUCCAGGAUGUGAUGACCUUCCUUAACUGGACAGAAGUGGCCAUCAUCUACGAGGAGGAUCUGGGCCUCAUCAAGCUUCAGGAACUCGUCAAAUCUCCUCCGAGGGAACAUAUGGAGUUCAUGAUUCGCCAAGGAACUCCAGACAACUACCGCGAACUGCUGAAGGAGGUGAAGCAGAAGGAAAUUUACAACAUAAUCGUUGACACUAAGCCGGAGAACAUGAACCACUUCCUGCGAGGGAUCCUGCAGCUGCAAAUGAACGACUUCAAAUACCACUACCUCUUCACCACAUUUGAUAUUGAAACGUUUGACCUGGAGGACUUCAAAUACAACUUCGUUAACAUGACGGCCUUCAGACUAGUGGACUCAGAACAUUACCGCGUCAGGAGGGUUCUCAAGGAUAUGGAGAAGUUUCAGCCCAUUGGUCACAACAUCCUUAAUCAGAGUCGUGUCAUACAGGUGGAACCAGCUCUCAUUUACGACAGCGUUCAUGUGUUCGCCUUGGGUCUACAAGCCCUAGAGCGCUCCACGACCCUCAAGGUGUCCAAUCUAUCCUGCGACCAUGAGCUGCCUUGGGGCGACGGAUCCUCGCUUUUCAACUAUAUAAACUCGGUGGAGUUUCGCGGCAUCACGGGCCCCAUCCAGUUCAAGGAAGGAAGGAGAACAAACUUCAAACUCGACAUUCUGAAGCUGAAGCAACACUCCUUGGUGAAGGUCGGCGAGUGGGGGCCAGGGGCAGGGGUCAACAUUACUGAUAGAGCUGCCUUCUACGAUCCGGGUACUAUGAACGUCACCCUUCUAGUAACAACGAACCUAGACAACCCCUUUAUGAUGAUGCGUCCAGGAAAGAACUUCACAGGCAACCAACGCUUCUACGGAUUCUGUGUGGACCUUCUGCACGAGAUCUCAGUUCACGCAGGUUUUGACUACAUUCUCGAGAUCUCCCCUGAAGGCGUGUACGGCGCUCCGAAUCCCGUGACUGGGGAGUGGAACGGAAUCGUGAAGCAGCUCAUGUCUGGGGAGACGCCCCACGUGAUGCUGCGGAAGGGCGCCAACCUGACGGGGAAUGACCGAUACGAGGGGUUUUGUGUGGACAUGCUACACGACAUCGCCUCUCUCAUCGGGUUCCGCUACAUCAUCCAAGUGUCGCCCUCCAGGACAUACGGCAUCCAGGACCCGGACACUGGGGAAUGGAACGGCAUUGUGAGGGAACUGCAGGAGAACGUACCCGACCUCGCCAUCGGUUCAAUGACAAUCAACUACGCCAGAGAGAAUGUGAUCGAUUUUACCAAGCCCUUUAUGAACGUGGGAAUUGGCAUUUUAUUCAAGGUCCCUACAAGCCAGCAAACCCGACUCUUCUCCUUCAUGAAUCCCUUAGCCAUUGAAAUCUGGCUCUACGUACUCGCUGCCUACGUUCUCGUCUCUAUCACAAUGUUCAUCGUGGCGCGGUUCUCCCCCUAUGAAUGGUACAACCCGCAUCCGUGCUCACAAGAGAACGACGUAGUGGAAAACCAGUUCUCCCUCUCUAACAGCUUCUGGUUCACCAUUGGCACCCUCAUGCAGCAGGGGUCUGAUCUGAACCCUAAGGCGUGCUCUACUCGCAUCGUGGGCGGCAUCUGGUGGUUCUUUACCCUCAUCAUUAUUUCCUCCUACACCGCCAACCUCGCUGCCUUCCUCACCGUGGAGCGAAUGAUCACACCCAUAGACGACGUGGAGGACUUGGCGAGUCAGACUGAGAUUGCAUACGGUAUCCAGGCUUCUGGCUCCACCAUGACCUUCUUCCAGGAUUCCAAGAUCGAGACGUAUCAGAAAAUGUGGCGUUUCAUGGAGAACAAGAAGCCAAGUGUGUUUGUUCAGUCCUACGAUGAGGGUGUAAGGCGGGUGCUAGAGGGGAACUACGCCUUUCUAAUGGAGUCCUCGAUGCUUGAUUACUACGUGCAGAGGAACUGUAACCUCACACAGAUAGGCGGCUUGCUCGACUCCAAAAGCUACGGUAUUGCAACGCCUAUGGGUUCUCCGUGGAGGGACAAAAUAUCACUGGCUAUUCUGGAGCUGCAAGAAAAGGGUGUCAUCCAGAUGCUGUACAACCGGUGGUGGAAGAACACAGGAGACACGUGCAACAGAGAGGACAACAACAAGGAGAACAAAGCAUCAGCGUUAGGCGUGGAUAACAUAGGCGGAGUGUUCGUGGUGCUGCUCUGUGGCCUCGCCUUCGCCGUGCUCAUCGCCAUUCUAGAAUUCUGCUGGAACGCCAAGAAGAACGCACAGAACGACAGGGCCUGCAGUAUGCACAUAGGAGAGAGGCCGUUCAAAUCCCUGUGUGCCGAGAUGGCUGAGGAACUCUGUUUCGCCAUGCGUUGCCGAGGCUCCAGGCAGCGGCCCGCCCUCAAAAGACAGUGCACCCGCUGCGUUCCCGGUGUCACCUAUGUACCAGCAGCCCUCGAAGUGCCCCAGAUCAACGGUAACGGACAGGAGACUGGCAAGAUCGGGUCGAAGACUGACCUUCAGCCUCGAAGAAGCUCCCUCAAAUCGUCAUUCCCGAGCCUGACUCCUCCAAACUUCGACCUCAAGCUAUCAUCGGUCAGUCUCAGGAGCUGAGUUCUGCCGAAGUAAAGCAACCGCCACACCCCGCCAGGAGAGGGAAUCAAACCAUCCGAGGCAGGGGGGCAGCAGAGGGACUGAGGGCGCCGCCAAUCAGCCAGAAAAGGGAGGAUCGAGAGCCAGCCCCAUUCAGGGUACACCGAAACCUAGUCCCAAA